AAAUUAAACUUCUCACACAAGGUCAAUUUCGUCACACACACCACACCACCUUUACAGAAGAAUCAAUCACACUGAAGUCUUCCUUUCUUCCUCACACACACCACACCACACCACCUUUACUUCCACCUUACUCAAAAAACCCACACCCCCCUUUCCUCUACUACACCUCACAAAACCAUUUUCAUUUCACAACCAACACAACACAGUAACUAACCGAUGCCGAAUCCCAAUACAAAUCAAAAUCAUCCUCAUCCACACCGUUCCAAAACUCGACCGCCCACGUCAUCAUCUCGACCAUCCACGUCAUCAUCCCGACAACAACAACAACCACCACCACCAGUUCAACCACGAGUUCCGUUACGGCAGUUACUCCGAGUAGCAUCAGUAGCAAGCGGAAUUCAAUUCGGUUGGGCUUUACAGCUUUCACUAUUAACACCAUAUGUUCAACAAUUAGGUAUCCCUCAUCAAUGGGCGAGUAUAAUCUGGCUAUGUGGACCGGUUUCCGGUUUAUUUGUUCAACCGUUAGUCGGUCAUUUAAGUGACCGAUGUACGAGUAAAUUCGGUCGCCGGAGACCGUUUAUUGUCUUCGGCGCCGCUUCGAUAGUUAUUGCUGUUAUUAUUAUUGGUUAUGCUGCUGAUAUUGGUGGAUUGAUUGGUGAUGAUGUUGAACAAAGCUAUCGUCCUUUUGCUAUAACUGUUUUUGUUAUUGGAUUUUGGAUUCUUGAUGUUGCUAAUAAUGUUACUCAAGGUCCUUGUAGAGCUUUACUUGCAGAUCUCACAAGAAAUGAUGCUCGAAGGACACGUGUUGCAAAUGCUUAUUUCUCCCUGUUUAUGGCCAUUGGUAACAUUCUUGGCUAUGCAACCGGGUCAUACAGUGGCUGGUACAAGAUUUUUAAAUUCACACUUACCCCUGCUUGCUCUAUUAGUUGUGCAAAUCUCAAGUCUGCUUUCUUUCUCGACGUUGCUUUCAUUGCGGUAACGACAUAUCUCAGCAUUGUGUCAGCUCAUGAAGUGCCUCUAAGUUCAAGUGGAGCAGUACAUGCUGGAGAAGGAGCAGGAGAGACAGAAGAAGCUUUCAUGUGGGAAUUGUUUGGGACAUUCAAAUAUUUUUCAACACCUAUAUGGAUAGUACUGUCUGUAACUGCUCUGACAUGGAUUGGGUGGUUCCCAUUUAUUCUCUUUGAUACUGAUUGGAUGGGUCGGGAAAUUUACGGUGGUGAUCCAAAUGGAGGCCUUAUUUAUGAUACUGGAGUUAGAAUGGGAGCACUUGGUUUGUUGCUUAAUUCAGUUGUUCUUGGAGUAACAUCAUUGCUUAUGGAAAGGCUAUGCAGGAAGCGAGGGGCUGGUUUUGUGUGGGGAAUCUCAAAUAUAUUUAUGGCUCUUUGCUUUAUAGCAAUGUUAGUAUUAACCUAUGCGGCAAAUAGCAUUGGCUACGUAAGUAAAGGUCAACCACCACCAACAGGCAUUGUGAUUGCAGCGUUAGCAAUCUUUACCAUUCUUGGGUUUCCACUGGCAAUCACUUACAGUGUUCCAUAUGCCUUAAUUUCUACGCAUAUCGAACCAUUGGGACUUGGCCAAGGGUUAUCAAUGGGUGUCCUAAAUCUGGCUAUAGUGGUCCCACAGAUUGUGGUGUCCUUGGGAAGUGGACCGUGGGAUCAGUUAUUUGGUGGAGGAAACUCUCCAGCCUUUGCUGUGGCAGCUGUUGCAGCCCUUUUCAGUGGACUCUUGGCUCUAUUAGCUAUUCCCCGAACUCGAACCCAAAAGCCUCGAAGCCGUGUAUGAGGUAUCAUAUGCUGUUUUUUUUGUCACUUAUUUCUUUCAAAGAGGGAUGGUGAAAAUGAACAGGUAGCAAGAAUUUGUAAAUAGUUAUUGUUUUUGUAUCCUUAUUCUUGAGUUUUCUUCUCCUCAAGAUUCCAACCUCCCACUCGAUUUCUAAUAAUAAAUGAAACUUCGGUUGUGUAUUUAUCUUAUUGGUCAUUAUUAAAACCAAUGACCAGAUUCUUUUGUCUUACUAUUCUCUGAUGCAAAGAAAGCUUCAGGAACAAAUUUUGUUGAGUUGUCUGUUUAAAAUAUAGAGGUUGGUUGGCUAUGUAAAACUCUGAGCGACAAUUACUGUCCGUAAGGAAGAGGGAAUAAAUACUCUUGAUGUCUAGGGAACAAUGUAAAACAAGAAAUUCAUAUAUCAUUGCUUUUCCCAAA